UGCGCAGAUCGCUACUGUAGGGAGCGGAACGGGACAUUAAAAGUACACCGAGUGCUGAGACCAGUACACCAAAGAAGGAGACAAACCCCGCUUCACGAGAGAAAGGAGCAGAGGAUGUCCAGAGCUGACUGGUCCUACCUGGAGCACCUGCUGGAGGAGGGCCAGGAGUAUUCGACAGGCAUUGGCCGUGUCUGGCUUACCGUUCUCUUCCUGUUUCGCAUGCUGGUACUGGCAACUGCCGCUGAAUCUGCCUGGGAUGACGAGCAAGCUGACUUUGUCUGCAACACGCAGCAACCUGGCUGCACUGCUGUGUGCUACGACAGAGCCUUCCCCAUCUCCCACUUUCGCUACUUUGUCCUCCAAGUCAUCUUCGUCUCCACGCCGACAAUCUUCUACUUUGGAUACGUGGCUAUAAUGGCCGGGAAGGGCAAGGAAAAUGAGGAGGAUGAGAAGGAGGCAGAGGAAGGUGGUGGUGGAGGUAAAAGGGGAGGGAGAGCAACAGAAAGGGACAAUAACAAUGUGACUAAAGACAAUGCAGAAGAGAAGGAGAAACAAGGGGGCUUUGGGAGAGGUAGAAGAGCUGAGAAGGCUCCACCCAAAGCUCCCAAACUGAAAGGAAGGUUGCUGUGUGCAUAUACGUUCAGCAUCCUGUCGAAAGUCCUCCUAGAGGUCGGCUUCAUCCUAGGGCUGUGGUUCCUUUACGAUGGCUUCUUCAUUGCAGCGAAGUUUGAGUGCACCUGGUCCCCUUGUCCUCACACCGUGGACUGCUUUGUCUCUCGACCCACGGAGAAGACCAUCUUCACUAUCUACACUCAGGUGAUCGCUACCAUCUCCCUGCUCCUCAACCUCAUCGAGCUCCUUCAGCUCGCCGUCUCCCAUCGGCUGGAGAAAUACCGUACCCAGCAGCAAGACUACCUACCUCGGUCCGAGCAGGUACCGGCUCGACAGGAGGCUCCCGAACUUCAGACGGAUAAGUCUUACGAAGCAGGGGGCCAUGUCAACCCCCCCAUGCUGGGUGAGGCUACAUGCUUCCCCAACCCCUGUGAGAGCUACGGGGAUCUGGCGAUUGAGGUGAACUGGGGACCCGGGGAGGCCGGGAGUGACCUGCUUCCCAGUUAUGUGAACUGCAUGGGGGCUAUGAAAACAUCACGUUCCCCCAGAGUCCAUUAUAAGGCACAUGCAAAGCACACUGGGAAAAACAGUAGGGGUACCUUAAAGCCACACUCAAAGCAGAAGCAUUAUGUAUGAUGGAGUCUGAUGUGGCGACGUGUUGCUCAUGACCAUGAAAGCUGUGGGGUUUUUUCGGGGUCUUCCAGUUUUUAUUUUUAUGGAUAUUUUGCUGCACAUGACACUCGACCUUCAGGAGUGCACAAUGAGAGCUCAAACAAGGGGGAAAGGAAGAACAACUAUUGCACUGUGAACUCGAUGCCUCAGAGGCAGGCAGAGAAACAGAGAUUUGCCAGAUAAAUGGACCUAUUCAAAAUUAAACAUUUUGAGAACACUCCCCAAGGCAAAACAAAUGAGACUACACAAUGAGAGAAGAUUACAGUCAUAAGAUGCCUUCAUGGCAGUGGAAAAAAACGUGCAGUCUGGUCGGCCUAGGGAUAUUGUGGGAGUGUGUAUGGGAGAGCAUGCAGUAGAACCAGAUUUAAGCAUAUUCCUCUGAGAUUUACACUGUAACCCCUUGAGUUCUUUGAACCCCCCCCUCUCCCAUGGCUCCGUCCACACGGUGGAAUGUACUGGUCUUUGGAUCCUGCUCUGCUCCCAAGGGGAUAAUAGCUACGUGGAUGCAGACAUGCAUGCGUGCACACACACACAAUGUACUUUCCCCCCUUUCACCCAGUAAGAUUUGGUCACUCAAGUUGGGGGAUGUGGGCUGGGGGAAGACAUGGGUAAAGAGAAGGAGAGCCAAACCAGAGGAAUUCUGGGAUUGUAAAUGACUGAUCGUUGCCGGUAACCAGAAUAAUUUAACAAUGAGGAAGGAGGGACAGAGAGAGAGAGAGAGAGGACCACCGCAUACUAGUUCAUGAGAGCUGACUAAUGGAGGAGCGACGACAUGCAUCCAGUAUGAAAAUGAAACAUUUUUCCGAGAGCUUGAGAGAGAACUCAAAAGAUGCAUUAGUGAAUGCAUAUUGAAUGGACGUAAAGUGGUACAGAAAUGUGCAGACUUCAUUAAAUGAAAUGACUUGUGAAUUAUGUGAAAACUGUAUUUAAUGUUUAAAGUAUUAUGAAGAAAUACCUGUGUUUAUAUUUAUUUUUUGUGGAAAAUAAAGUUUAAAAGUAUAAAUUAAUAAUGACAUUGUCAAAUUAUGGUAUCAUUUUAAUAUAUCAUAUCACAUAACACAUUUACCAGAGAUGCUACAGAGACUACAUUCCACACAAGUUAAUCUGUUGUGUACAGAAUACUUUGAUUUCCUUUUCCUUUGAGAAUAUAGGGCUCAGAUUUCUGUGUGAAGAUUGUGUCUCUGAAGUGUGUAUUGCUUCUCUGUCCAACUUCUGUGUCCAAACUCUAUCCAAAUACUGUCACAAU